AUGGCGUUCUCAAUGACGGAAUUACAGGCCCGAAAGUUUGAAGAUGACGGCUAUCUCAUUAUUGAGGACUUUCUGUCUGCUGAUGAGGUUGUCACUCUGGAGAAGACACUCGCAUCUAUCAUUGAUGAGAUGGAUCCUGAGAAAGAAAAUAAGAUGGCUUUCUCCACAAACACAGAAAAGGUUGAGAAUGACAACGAUUAUUUCAUCAACAGCGCAGAUAAAAUCCGCUUUUUCUUUGAGAAGGGAGCUCUGGAUGAAAGAGGUAAUCUUCAAGUAGACAAGUCCAGAUCCCUCAAUAAAAUAGGACAUGCAUUGCAUGUGCUCAACCCUGAGUUUAAACGGGUCACAUUCUCUGACCGAGUGAAGAACAUUGCGAGAAAGAUGGAAUUCAAGAACCCAGCGGUCAUUCAGAGUAUGGCCAUAUUCAAGCAACCAGGUAUUGGUGGCGAGGUGACGAACCAUCAAGAUGCGAGCUUCCUCCACAACGAACCAAUCAAACUAAUGGGAUACUGGAUCGCGUUGGAGGAUGCGACACUAGAGAACGGCUGUCUCUGGUUCAUCCCUGGAUCACAUAAAGAGGGUCUCGGUAACAACAGACGGAUGGUAAGGAAUGAAGAUAAGAAGCCUGGUGAACCAUACCUUGUGUUUACCGCCCCAAUCAAAGAAUGGGAUCAGAAGGCGUUCGUACCUGGACCUGUGAAAAAAGGUUCCCUGGUUCUGAUUGAUGGCCUGAUAGCUCACAGGAGUAACACCAACACCUCAGACAAGUCCAGACACAUCUACACCUUCCAUAUCAUAGAGAUGCUGGAUUCAAAAUACGAUAAACUCAACUGGUUACAGCCAACCGAAGUGAUGCCGUUCCCGAUGUUGUUUGACUUCGCGUAAUGUCAGCUUGGCAUUAUCGUCAAAAGGAAGACUGCUGCAGUUGGUCUGCUGUGAAUAAAAACUGAAUUCGAAAGAUAGAGACAAAUUUUUAUAAAGAGAAGGACAUCUACAAAAUGCUUUUGAGGUGAAUUAGUGACAGGCAUUGAAAAAUUACACGGUCACAUGUGGAAUAAUUAUACAGUCAAGUGGAACGAUUUUACAGUUAAGUGGAUUGAUUUGACGGUCAAGAGGAAUGAUUAUACAGUCAAGUGGAUUGAUUUUACUGUCAAGUGGAAUGAUAAUACAGUCAAGUUGAUUGAUUUUACUGUCAAGUGGAAUGAUUAUACAGUCAAGUGGAUUGAUUUUACGGUCUAGAGGAAUGAUUAUACAGUCAAGUGGAUUGAUUUUACUGUCAAGAGGAAUGAUAAUACAGUCAAGUGGAUUGAUUUUACGAUCAAGUGGAAUGAUUAUACAGUCAAGUGGAUUGAUUAUACAGUUGAGUGGAAUAA